AUGGGCGUCAAAGUAAAGAUCGGGUCUAUGGCGGACAUGCUGGCUUUAGGAGCAGAACGUCGAAAGAGGUGGCGCUUGAGGCAUGAGGAGUUCCUUCACGUUGUGCUUCGUGCGAGGGCGGCCAAGCGCGCAGAGUUGGGAGAGGAACCUGUGCCUAUCGAGCCACUUCCGCCUGAAGUCACUCAAGCAGGACUUGUACUCUGCGAAAAAUGUGGUAGACGAUUUAGUGAAGGUGUCUUCGAGAAACAUAAGGACGCAUGCAAAGAAGUUCGCAACCUUCAAGCAACUGAGCCGACAGAAGAACAGAAGGACGCAAAGGCCCGCUUCCUAAAGCGCAUGGCAUACUCAAGUCCACUGUGUGGACGACCCACCCAGCAGGAGAACACAGAAGAGAAAGAGGUCCCUACUAUGGAGGCUGGGUCCGAGCUGAAUCCCAGUCUUUCCUGUGCUGCUGAGAUGCAGAAGAUGCAGUCAUUGCUAAAAGACCUUAUUCCUAGCCUGUCGAAUGUACCUGAAAGAUUGCAACAGCCCGAUGCUUUUAACCAACUCUUGCAACAGCUUCUGUCUUCAGGCUUGCCCCCCUCUCGCGAUGAUGCAUUGCUUCAGAUCAGCAAUUGUAACAAGACCGUUAUGCCUAACUGCGAACUCGCCUAUCCCCCGGAGAGUGAUUCAGGAUCCGGUGAGCAAUAA